ACGUAUUGUCUUACUUGGAUGCAGAGUGAGGCUCCUCAGGAACGGAUGUUCAGUAACUUUCCUGCAAUUCAAGAGCUGAAGCCCAGUCUUGGCAUGCUUCCACUGUAUCCAGCAAAGUUUUAAUUGUUUUGCAGAGCAAUCACCAAUUAGCUCAGCAAGUUCUGAGCUAAUCCUCACUGUGGUGCUUAUGAAACUCUUGGUGACGUGACAUGAGUACUCAGAAAUAUUUUAGGUAGAUGGAAAACAUGAUUACUUAACAUCAAAAUACCUGAAACUUCUUGCUUUUGCUGGCGGGCUGAUACAUGGCAGCCUUCAUUAACCGGCGUAUGAGCACAAUAAUGUGUUAAAAUCCAGUGCUUUUGCCAGGCUCCUGUGUUGUUCCAUUAAUUACUGAAAUGUCUUCGGUUAGUGGCAGAAGCGCCACCGAGACGCAGGCAGCGCCAUGAGCCUGGCGGCGCCGCCCGCCUCACGGAGCUCCGCGCCCGCGCCAGCGAUGUCUCCGUGAGCCGUCUUCCCUAGGCGCUCGUCCUCUCCCUCGAUGUCUCCGUAAGCCGCCUUCCCUAGGCGCUCGUCCUCUCCAUGGCCGCACUUGGAGGGUUUUGAUGAUGCUAUGGAAAACACCACGGAACCUCCCCGGAACGGUCGCUCCGCGGCCCGGGCGGCGGCCGGGAGGGUUUGGCGGCGCACCGAGGCGGAAGAGGGAGGGCGCCAACGUGUCGGGGCCUGGCUGCGGCCGCGGGUCGGGGUCCGGGUCCGGGUCCGUGUCCUGCGGCUCUACUCAGCCCUCCUCGGCUGCCCUUGGGCCCUUCGCACUCUCCAGUGUCCCUCGGCUCGUCUCAGAGCCCCUCUCCGCCCCGCUGUUCUUCCCGCAGUCCCCUCGUCGCCCCCGAGCUGCCCUGGUAGUCCCUCAGCGCCCCGCAUCUGCCCUGCUCUCCCCUCCGCCGCCGCGGAGAUGGAUGACGAGCCCGAGCGGACCAAGCGCUGGGAAGGAGGCUAUGAAAGGACAUGGGAGAUUCUUAAGGAAGACGAAUCCGGGUCGUUGAAGGCAACCAUCGAGGACAUUCUCUUCAAGGCAAAGAGGAAAAGACUCUAUGAGCACCAUGGACAAGUUCGGCUUGGAAUGAUGCGUCACCUUUACGUGGUUGUUGAUGGAUCAAGGACGAUGGAGGACCAAGACUUAAAACCGAACAGACUUACUUGCACUCUGAAGUUACUGGAAUAUUUUGUUGAAGAGUACUUUGACCAGAAUCCUAUUAGUCAGAUUGGCUUAAUUGUAACCAAGAGUAAAAGAGCUGAAAAAAUGACGGAACUCUCAGGAAACUCAAAAAAGCAUGUAACUGCUCUGAAGAAAGCAGUGGAUAUGAAUUGCAGUGGAGAGCCUUCUCUAUAUAAUUCCCUAAAUUUGGCCAUGCAGACUUUAAAACACAUGCCAGGACAUACGAGCAGAGAGGUUUUGGUGGUCCUCAGCAGUCUGACGACAUGUGAUCCAGCCAACAUCUAUGAUCUAAUUAAGUGUUUAAAAGCAGUAAAGAUCAGAGUAUCUGUCAUCGGCCUAAGUGCUGAAGUUCGAGUUUGUACAGUACUUGCCCGAGAAACUGGUGGAACAUACCACGUUAUUUUGGAUGAAAGUCAUUACAAGGAACUGCUGAUGCACCAUGUCAGUCCUCCACCUGCCAGUUCAACUUCUGAGUGUUCCCUUAUUCGAAUGGGUUUUCCUCAGCAUACUAUUGCUUCUCUGUCUGAUCAAGAUGCAAAGCCUUCCUUUAGCAUGGCGCAACUGGAAAAUAACAGUGACCCAGGUCUUACACUAGGUGGAUAUUUUUGUCCUCAGUGCAGAGCCAAAUACUGUGAGCUUCCUGUGGAAUGCAAAAUCUGUGGUCUUACACUAGUGUCUGCACCUCACCUGGCUCGGUCUUACCAUCACUUGUUUCCUUUAGAUGCCUUCCAGGAAGUUCCACUGGAAGAAUACAAAGGGGAACGGUAUUGUCAAGGCUGCCAGGGAGAAAUGAAAGAUCAAAAUGUGUACAUAUGCAAAGUGUGUCAGAAUGCAUUUUGUGUGGAAUGUGAUGUGUUUGUUCAUGAUGCACUGCACUGCUGUCCCGGCUGUAUUCACGAGCACCCUGCUCCUGUAUCUGUAUGAUCUCGUAUCUUUUUUAAAAGUGCUUUAUCCUUGUCAUUCUUGCAUGAAUCUAAUUAGUUUAUUCAGCCAUCGCUUUUACUGACACAUCUCUGAACAAGAAGGUGAUUACAGAGGGAUGCACAGUGGAAUAGGAGCAAAUGUUAAUUUUCUUAUUAUUUUAUUACUUUUAAUAUAUACUUGAGUUAUCUGUAUCUAUUUUUUGUUGUUGUCUAAAGAACUGUCUUUUUCUAGCUUUUGUUGUAAUAACGUGUAUAUUUGUAAAUGUGAAAGUGAUAAAACUGCUUUUUAUGAUAA